AUGCCUACACAAGUUGCCCAGCACACCCCGCUGGCGGAUGCCCUGACGGAGGCUAUCCAGGCAAAGGUCAUCGAAGUCGGCCUCGCACAGUCCAACGAUGCCUCAGCACUGGCCGAGUACAUCACUCUCACCCUCGUCAACGGCAAGAACCAGGAGGACAUUGUCACCGAGCUCUCGACAGAACUCCUUGGCCUUCCCGCCAACGACCCCAUCGUGAUCACACUCGUCGCUUGGAUGUUUGAACAGGUCGAGAUCCUGAACGUCCAGCUCAACGGAGCAGCGCAGCCAUCACAAGUCGCUGAAGAGCCAAACCUUGGCGCGCAAGACGCUUCUGCGAACGUCGAGAUGGACACUGACAUGAAUGCCGGCGAUGCCAGCGAGCUCAACGCACCGACGGGCCCUCGAUCCAUGCGAAUGGCAACAACCCUCGAGCGCCGCGAGAGCGCAUGCUUGGCAAGGCUCUCGACAGGACAGCGAUUCGGUUCUGCACCAACAGAAAGUGCGUCGGCCGACACCCCCUCGCCGGCCGCCAAGCUGGCCCACCAGGGCGAGCAGGACUGCAAGUUCUUCCCCCAACUGCCACCAACCCGGCAGUGCCCCUUCAAGCACCCCGACAUGCCCCUCUGCCGCAACGGCUCGGGCUGCACGACGCCCGGCUGCAAGUUCACGCACGUCAAGGUCAAGUGCCGCUUCAACCCCUGCAAGAACCCCCACUGCGCCUACUCGCACGACGAGGGCCAGCAGGGCGGCUUCAAGGACAAGGUCUGGACGCCCGAGGGCGGUGCCGCCCACGUCAGCGAGCGCAAGUUUGUCCUCGAGGGCGAGGGGGAUGAGAGCAUGAUCCCGGAGGACAGCGCCAUGGGACAGGAGGAUGACGUUGUCGCGAAGCAGGAGCUGAUUACGUAG